AUGCAACAACUCUGGUACCAGUGUGCUGUUGGAUUUGGUAAAAAAGGCUUUUGUCAUCAUCUGUUCUACAAAGAAAAUGAGAAAGGUUUCAUAGUUUCACUGAGGAAUGACGGUGGAGAUGAAUUAUUCAAUGUUGAUGAAAAACGUAAACUGCAGCUUCCUGCUUGGACUGCUGGUUAUUAUCCAGAUAAAUUAAGGACACUGGCUGCCAGAAGUUUGGCUUUGUUUUCUGAAAGUCAGACGAUGAAACGUCUUAAUGGAGGUCCUUUAGUGAAACACAUUAUAGAAAAAAUCCAGUCACAAAGUAACACUUCAAGAACUGUGUCUCCAAAAUUUCUCAUGUUUUCUGCCCACGAUGUUACCAUUGUGAAUGUUCUCCAAACUAUGGGGUUCACAGAGCUAUUAAAGCCACAGUAUGGUGCAGCAGUUAUCAUUCAACUUCAUUCAACAAAUGACAGUGGUUAUGAAGUUAAGGUAUUGUAUUUGAAUAAUGCUUCUGACAGUGAGCUACAUGUUCUCAACACUCCUGGUUGCACAGACAAGUGUCAUUUGCAGCAAUUUGUAGAUCUGAUGAAACCUGUUUUACCAGAUGACUGGACAGUGGAAUGUCAAAAGCUAGACAGCUAA